AUGACUACUACUCCAGAACAAGAAGACCCAAUUGAAAGAUAUGCUCAGUAUGAUCCAGACCAAGUAGAUCUUAUUAAAGUGAUGUCCAAGUCACUCUUGCUAGGCAUGUCCAUAGCAUUCAAUAUUCUCAUAUUGUAUCAGCAGUAUACUUAUAAAUAUUAUAGACUCAACAUUUACUUUCUUUUCCUAACAAUGUUUCACAUAUUCGAAUUCAUCAAUACGGUAUUAUUCAACAUUACUCAAGUAGAUGACGACUCAUUUAUACUUGAAGAUAAGGAAAUGCAUGGAAUCACCGUACUUCUGAUUGCAGAACAUUUCAUACAUGUAAACUAUUGGAAUAUUUCUAGUUUCUCCAGUGCCAUUGGAUUAUGUUUGGCAAUUGGCGGACAAAUCAUUCGAAGUGUUAGUAUGUAUACCGCUCAAGAGUCAUUCAACCACUACAUUCAACGGAAUCACAAAGUUCACAAUCAUGUCUUGGUGACUCACGGUGUUUACAAGUAUAUACGACAUCCAAGUUAUUUUGGGUUUUUCUGGUGGUUUGUUGGAUUGCAAUUGUACUUGAACAACAUAGCCGUAUUAUUCAUUGGGGGAUACAUUCUUUGGAAGUUCUUCAAGCUUCGGAUUGAAUUUGAAGAAGGGUUCCUCAUCAAGUUUUUCGGCCAAGAUUAUAUAACUUACAAACAACAUACAAAAACGUUCAUGAUGAUCUAG